GAGGCCCCUGACCCCUGCCCACCACCUCCCAGCCCCAGGAUGCUCCCCUUCGCCUCCUGCCUCCCCGGUUCACUACUGCUCUGGGCGCUGCUGCUGUUGCUUUUGGGGGCAGCGUCUCCCCAGGAUUCCGAGGAGCCGGACAGCUACACGGAAUGCACAGAUGGCUAUGAGUGGGACCCAGACAGUCAGCACUGCCGGGAUGUUAAUGAGUGCCUUACCAUCCCUGAGGCCUGCAAGGGAGAAAUGAAAUGCAUCAAUCACUACGGGGGCUACUUGUGCCUGCCCCGCUCAGCUGCUGUUAUUAAUGACCUACAUGGCGAGGGACCCCCUCCACCAGUGCCCCCUGCUCAACACCCCAACUCCUGCCCACCAGGCUAUGAGCCCGACGAACAGGAGAGCUGUGUGGAUGUGGAUGAGUGUGCCCAAGCUUUGCAUGACUGUCGGCCCAGCCAGGAUUGCCAUAACCUUCCUGGCUCCUACCAGUGUACCUGCCCUGAUGGCUACCGCAAGAUCGGGCCUGAGUGCGUGGACAUAGACGAGUGCCGCUACCGCUACUGUCAGCACCGCUGCGUGAAUCUACCUGGCUCCUUUCGCUGCCAGUGCGAGCCGGGCUUCCAGCUGGGGCCCAACAACCGCUCCUGUGUGGAUGUGAACGAGUGUGACAUGGGGGCCCCCUGUGAGCAGCGCUGCUUCAAUUCCUAUGGGACUUUCCUGUGUCGCUGCCACCAGGGCUAUGAGUUGCACCGAGAUGGCUUCUCUUGCAGUGAUAUUGAUGAGUGCAGCUACUCCAGUUACCUGUGCCAGUACCGCUGUGUCAAUGAGCCAGGCCGCUUCUCGUGCCACUGCCCACAGGGCUACCAGCUGCUGGCCACACGCCUCUGCCAAGACAUUGAUGAGUGUGAGUCUGGAGCACAUCAGUGCUCUGAGGCCCAAACCUGUGUCAACUUCCAUGGGGGCUACCGUUGUGUGGACACCAACCGCUGUUUGGAGCCCUAUGUCCAGGUGUCAGACAACCGCUGCCUCUGUCCUGCCUCCAACCCCCUGUGUCGGGAGCAGCCUUCGUCCAUCGUGCACCGCUACAUGAGCAUCACCUCAGAGCGGAGCGUGCCGGCAGAUGUGUUCCAGAUUCAGGCGACCUCUGUCUACCCUGGCGCCUACAAUGCCUUUCAGAUUCGUGCUGGAAACUCACAGGGGGACUUCUACAUUAGGCAAAUCAACAACGUCAGCGCCAUGCUGGUCCUCGCCCGGCCAGUGACGGGCCCCCGGGAGUACGUGCUGGACCUGGAGAUGGUCACCAUGAACUCCCUCAUGAGCUACCGGGCCAGCUCUGUACUGAGACUCACCAUCUUCGUGGGGGCCUACACCUUCUGAGGGGAGGGACCUGCAGCAAGGGAGAAGGAGGAGCUACCCUCCCUGCAGCUCCCUGUAGCCAAGGAGCUUGGGACUCAGGAAUGACUGUUCUGCUAAAAGGGAGAUAUUGUGAAGGGCAGAAAGAGAAAGGCAAUAAAGGGAGAAAGAAGGA